UGUAUAGUAUUAACGUCUAUAGUUCGAGACAGAAGGUAAAUGGGGAAAAUCAAUAACUAACUACCCAAUGAAUAAGCCACAGAGUGUUGUCAGCUCUACACAUUAGAGUAUGUGUGAUCUAACAAGGUGAUUUUAAAAUGGCAGCGUUUUCCCUGAAUAUUCAGAAACACGUGGAAUCAGGCCUGGUCACCUGUGGCAAAUUCGAUGGCUCCCAUGCCUGUUUAGCGGCGGCAACAUUUGGCGGUAACAUAUUGGUGCACAGCCCUCACAGGCAACCGCAGAUAAAGGGUCACGAUCAUGAACAGUCCGAUAGAAAACUGUCCUGGAGCGGAGAACUGGCAGAACUUCAAAUAGGAACAGAGAUUACAGCCUUGUGCACUGGUCGCCUUAACGAAGAUGAGAGGGAUGUCCUCCUAAUUGGAACUCCAACACACGUUCUGGCUUAUCACAUAGAAGAUAACUCUGACAUUUUCUAUAAAGAGAUGUCAGAUGGUGCCAGAUGCAUCACUAUUGGAAAAUUGGGGUGGUUUCCUAACCAAGUAGCUAUCGUUGGUGGCAAUUGUUCAGUGACAAUCUUAGACUCACAGGGCAUAGAAAUAUUCUGGACGGUGGUGGAAGGUACCGUCAGCUCUUUAGCUGUCUUUGAUUUCGAUGGAGACAACGAGAACGAGCUGGUCACUGGUACGGACGAUUCAGAAAUAAAGGUGUACAAGGAAGACAAUGUGCUCUGGGAUGUCAAAGAGACAGCUCCAGUAACUACCUUGACGGGACUCCCUGACAGGAGGUUCGUUUACUCGGUUGGGAACGGGACUCUAGGUGUUUACGAAAUGGCGCAGAGACUUUGGCGCGUUAAAUCGAAGCACAGAGUGGUAGUCACGCGGUGUUUCGACGUGAAUGGAGACGGUACUCUGGAGGUUAUAACUGGCUGGAAUAAUGGAAAGGUGGAUGCAAGGUCGCCCAAUAACGGAGAAGUAAUCUUUAAGAUUCAAUUAUCCUCUGGAGUGGCAGGGAUCGUUGAAGCAGAUUACAGGAGGAUCGGCAAACCUGACUUGGUCGUGGUGUCUACCAGUGGCGAAGUGCGUGGCUAUGGUGCUGGUUCCACGAUGGAUACCCCAGAACCAGGCGAGGCUAUGCGUGACUUGCUAGCCAAGAAACAGGCAUUGCAGAUGGAGCUGAGGCAAAGGGCUGCGUCCGUUCCUAACAUGUACCAUCGAAUGAAAUUAGCAGUCAGUUUAAUGACAGCUAACGGUGCUGCGCGGGUAGCCCUAGCAUCGGGACCAGGACUUCUGAUUCACUGCGCCAUAGUCUUCACCGAAGGUGUGUUCGAAGGCGAAACCCUGGUCAUUCAUCCCGCCAAACCGAAAGGAGAGCUGGAGAUAGAGCUCCGCCCUGCGAAGAAUGCUCCCGUGGACAUGCACGUGAAAGUGUCCGUUGGUCCAGCUGGUGCAGACUUGAUGCAGGUGUUCGAGAUGACACGCCAGUUGCCCAGGUUUUGCAUGUACGAGGUCAUCGAACGGCCAGGGCACAUUGCUGAUGACCUUCCUAAGAAUGGGGUUAAAGCUGAGUUUGCAGAGAGACCUCAAAGGAUCGCCCUCUGGCUGAACCAGAGUCUCAUACUCCCUGAGGAGUUCGAAGUCAAGGAGGACGGCACCUACAAUGGAGGCAUCGAACUCUGGCUUCGUGGGAUGAGAGACGAUAAAAUUCACUGCUUCGCAGCAAACGCGGCUGGGAAAGUGAUCGUUCAAACUCAGGAUCCCACGUUCGCAGGCGACGUUAUCCAAUCGUUGUCCAUGUAUUUAGGCAUCAGAGAACUGUCCUCUGAGGUCACGUUUCCGGAGGAAGAGAAGAAGAUGCUGGAUGCCCUGGAACGCGUGAAAGACCUGAAGGAAAUCGAUAUAAGACUGCAGGCAGAAGCAGCUAGUGAAACCACUCUGUUGAAGAGCAUUAUAAUUCGUUUGGAGGAUGCCAGGAUCCUUGAGAAUGUAGAUGAAAUGAGGAAGAGGUUGGUGCAACUAAAAAACGUCAACGUUGACUUGAUAAAGGAACAUGAGAUCAAGAUGAAAAGUUAUAGGGACCUCACUGCAAAUCUCAAGGAAUUGAAUCUUGGAGUGCAGAGGGCAGCUAGAUUAAGGGUCGGCAACAGUGCAUCGAACACGGUGGCCCACUGCAGAGCUGCGAUCCAGGACCAAAAUCCAAAAGCGCUUAUUCUUGCAAUAAGACACGGAUGACUUUUUUAUUGUUACAUAUGUUACAUAAAAUAAGCGUUGCUAAUACACUUUGAUAAAAAUUUCGUUUUAAUAAAUACUUUGUACUGCCUCAAUCAGCCAGAUUGCACAUUAACUACAAGACACGAAGGAUUAAUAAAUAUUAAACAAAAAAGGA